ACAGCCCUCGGUAUCGGAGAAGAUUCACAAACAUCAUUUGGCUCUCGUUUCUGUGGAACCUCCGUAAUCAGCUUCAGCGCUGUUCAUUUAAGUUUACCAGAAAAGUGAAAUGGCUGGCGGUAGGGUUGCUCAUGUGACCUUAAAAGGACCAAGUGUUGUCAAGGAGAUUUGUAUUGGGAUUGCACUUGGCUUGGCUGCUGGUGGUCUUUGGAAAAUGCAUCACUGGAACGAGCAGAGGAAAGUGAGAUCAUUUUAUGACUUGCUGGAAAAAGGUGAGAUCGGUGUUGUUGUGGAAGAAUAAAUCACGUCCUAUGCCUCUGCCAUUGUGUUAUGGACAUCGUCAAGAGUAUAUUUUGUUUUGUCAUUCUUUUUUGUUCCAAAUGUCUGAAUCUCAAGUUGCUGGUCCAUAGCCUUCAACUUUGAAGAAUAAAUUUCUUGUCUCAGAUGUGCAGCACAUAAUUUUUCUACGUAAAUGUAUGAAGUUUAAUGUCUUCCACUCCAUCGAUGUGAUGCUCGUAUGGUUUUGUUACUUGAUAUAUUAGUGUUUUUUUCAUUUUUCAUUUGUUGGUUAGGCACAUCAAGCUCAUGAAAACAGAAAUGCAAUGAAGCUUGAUGAGUUUGAUGGCAGGUUUUUC